GACGGAACAGAGACGACUCCGUACUGAAGAGUUAUUUCUCUCGCCUUUGUACAAGGGUGGUUCGAUGGCGUGUUUGCAGACUGAUACUUUUUGAUUGGCUUUCAUCCUCUGUCUGGCCAUGGUGCGCGCUCUGUGGGCGGUGCUUAGGAUGGUGUCCUGUGAGGGACCCGCUCUGAUGAAAUCAAAUCUCUCUGUGCAAAGCACCGUCAGGAAACCCAGCGCAGCUGUUUGUGUGAGACAUCUGUCAAGCGGGGUCAGAGGGAUCAGACAGUCAUUAAGGAUGCCAGAAAUUAACACGGAUAAUCUGGACGAGAAGCAAGUCCAGCUCCUUGCGGAGAUGUGCAUCCUUAUUGAUGAAAACGACAAGAAGACGGGAGCCGAAAGCAAAAAGAACUGUCACCUUAAUUCCAAUAUCGACAAAGGUAUGUUGCAUAGAGCGUUCAGCGUUUUCCUGUUUAACAGUGAAGAUAAGCUUCUUCUUCAACAGAGAUCAGAUGCUAAGAUCACCUUCCCAGGCUGUUUCACCAACACCUGCUGCAGCCAUCCCCUGCACACGCCCAGUGAGCUGGAGGAGACAGAUGCCAUUGGGGUCAGACGGGCAGCACAGAGACGACUCAAAGCUGAGCUUGGAAUCCCUAUUGAACAGGUCCCUCCAGAGGAGAUGAAUUACCUGACCAGAAUCCACUACAAGGCCCAGUCAGACGGAGUGUGGGGUGAACACGAGAUAGACUACAUCCUUUUUAUGCAGAAAGACGUGGAAUUGGAUCCCGACCCCAACGAGAUUAAGACCUACUGCUACGUGUCUAAAGAGGAACUGAAAGACAUGAUAGAGAAAGCCAAGAGAAACGAACUGAAGCUCACACCCUGGUUUAGCCUCAUCGCUGAAACGUUCCUCUUCAAAUGGUGGGACAACCUGCAUAACCUAAAACAGUUUAUGGAUCAUGACCGAAUCCAUCGCAUGUGAUCGCCACUCUCGUCUCCACCUCCCUCGAUUUCCCUUCAGCAGAAACCAGCUUAAGCAGCAAAAUAAAAUAACACAAUUGUACAUUUUGGAAAUAUCGAAGCAUGCGUGAACCCCAGAGAAAGCUGAAAGUGUUCUGCGGCUUUUACUCGAGUCAUUACAUUGUUUACUGCAGUUAUAACUGUUUUUCAGAGACGAGAUUCAAAAAAUAAUUUAUGUAAUGAUUUUUGCUGUGUUCACAUCGUUCGUUGUCAUUUUUUGCUGAAGGACAAUGGAGUCUUUGUAGUUUUACAUGCAAGAGCUGCUAAGUGGUUUCACAUGGAGGAGCUGCUAAGGGUGUUUUAGAAGGGUUUAUUUUAAAAAAGAAGAAUUAAGCACAUGAAUUUGUUCACAAUCAAAUGAUCUUGAUUUUUCCUAAGUGCCUAGUUAUCUCCCUGAGACUAAGGUAUGUAGGGAAUGUUAUGUGUAGAUGUCAUGCCAUCAGGGCUGAUAGUGCAGUUGUACAUUAAUGUAAAAUAAUUAGUUGCUAUGUAAUUAUUAGCAGAGUAACACAAAUGCUUUUUCUGUAUUUUGCAUAAUAAAUAUUCCAGUUUGGGAACUUG